AUGACUGAUAUACUAAAUCAGCCUAGUAAACUAAAGCAAUUUGAAUGGUCAGAACGACUAACGGUAUUCUCGCAGCGGAACGAGUGGCCCUUGCACCCAACCGCCAAUGCUCCAAAACUAGAGCUCAAUCGCCACAAGAAAAUGUGA